UGACCCACCUCAUCAAAGUGACACAAGGACUAUUUACAUAGCCAACAGGUUUCCUCAAAAUGGCCUUUACACACCUCAGAAGUUUAUAGACAACAGGAUCAUUUCCUCAAAGUAUACUGUGUGGAAUUUUGUUCCAAAAAAUUUAUUUGAACAAUUCAGAAGAGUGGCAAACUUUUAUUUUCUUAUUAUAUUUUUGGUUCAGCUUAUGAUUGAUACACCUACCAGUCCAAUUACCAGUGGACUUCCAUUAUUCUUUGUGAUAACAGUAACCGCCAUAAAGCAGGGAUAUGAAGAUUGGUUACGACAUAACUCUGAUAAUGAAGUAAAUGGAGCUCCUGUUUAUGUUGUCCGAAGUGGUGGCCUUGUAAAAACUAGAUCAAAAAAUAUUCGGGUGGGUGAUAUUGUUCGAAUAGCCAAAGAUGAAAUUUUCCCUGCAGAUUUGGUGCUUCUGUCUUCAGAUCGACCUGAUGGGUCAUGCCAUGUCACCACUGCUAGUUUGGAUGGAGAAACUAACCUGAAGACACAUGUGGCAGUUCCAGAAACAGCAGUAUUACAAACCGUUGCCAAUUUGGACACUCUUGUUGCUGUAAUAGAAUGUCAGCAACCAGAAGCUGACCUGUACAGGUUCAUGGGACGAAUGAUAAUAACACAGCAAAUGGAAGAGAUUGUAAGACCCCUCGGUCCAGAGAGUCUCUUGCUUCGAGGAGCCAGGCUGAAAAACACAAAAGAAAUUUUUGGUGUUGCUAUAUACACUGGAAUGGAAACUAAGAUGGCAUUAAAUUAUAAGAGCAAGUCACAGAAAAGAUCUGCAGUAGAAAAGUCAAUGAAUACAUUUUUGAUAAUUUACCUUAUAAUCCUUAUUUCUGAAGCCAUCCUCAGCACUAUUUUAAAAUACACAUGGCAAGCUGAAGAAAAAUGGGAUGAACCUUGGUAUAACCAAAAGACAGAGCAUCAGAGAAAUAGUAGUAAGAUUCUGAGAUUUAUUUCAGACUUCCUUGCUUUUUUGGUGCUCUAUAAUUUCAUCAUUCCAAUUUCAUUAUAUGUGACAGUAGAAAUGCAGAAAUUUCUUGGAUCGUUUUUUAUUGGCUGGGAUCUUGAUCUCUAUCAUGAGGAAUCGGACCAGAAAGCUCAAGUCAAUACUUCAGAUCUGAAUGAAGAGCUUGGACAGGUGGAGUAUGUGUUUACAGAUAAAACUGGCACGCUGACAGAAAAUGAGAUGCAGUUUCGAGAGUGUUCAAUAAAUGGUAUAAAAUACCAAGAAAUCAAUGGUAGACUUGUACCUGAAGGCCCAACACCAGACUCUUCAGAUGGAAACUUAUCUUACCUUAGUGGUCUAUCCCAUCUGAACACCAUACCUCAUCUUACAACCAGUUCUUCUUUCAGAACCAGUCCUGAAUAUGAAAUUGAACUGAUUAAAGAACAUGAUCUCUUCUUUAAAGCAGUCAGUCUCUGUCACACAGUACAGAUUAGCAGUGUUCAGACUGAUGGCAUUGGCGAUGGUCCCUGGCAGUCUACCCUUACCUCUUCCCAGUUGGAGUACUAUGCAUCCUCCCCAGAUGAAAAGGCUCUAGUGGAAGCUGCUGCAAGACUUGGCAUUGUCUUUAUUGGUAAUUCUGAAGAAACUAUGGAAGUUAAAACACUUGGAAAAUUGGAACGAUACAAACUGCUUCAUAUUCUGGAAUUUGAUUCAGAUCGUAGAAGAAUGGGUGUAAUUGUUCAGGCACCUUCAGGUGAGAAACUUUUAUUUGCUAAAGGAGCUGAAUCAUCAAUUCUUCCUAGGUGUGUAGGUGGAGAUAUAGAAAAAACCAGAAUUCACGUAGAUGAAUUUGCUUUGAAAGGGCUGAGAACUCUAUGUAUCGCCUAUAGGCAGUUUACACCUAAAGAAUAUGAGAUAAUAGAUAGACGCCUUUUUGAAGCCAGGACUGCCUUGCAACAACGGGAAGAGAAAUUGGCAGAUGUCUUCCAGUUCAUAGAGAAAGACCUAAUAUUAUUAGGAGCCACAGCAGUGGAAGACAGACUACAAGAUAAAGUUCGAGAAACAAUCGAAGCAUUAAGAAUGGCUGGUAUUAAAGUAUGGGUACUUACUGGAGAUAAACAUGAAACAGCUGUUAGUGUCAGUUUAUCAUGUGGACAUUUUCACAGAACCAUGAACAUCCUUGAACUUACAAACCAGAAAUCAGACAGUGAAUGUGCUGAGCAAUUGAGGCAGCUCGCCAGAAGAAUUACAGAGGAUCAUGUGAUUCAGCAUGGGCUAGUCGUGGAUGGGACCAGCCUAUCUCUUGCACUCAGGGAGCAUGAAAAACUGUUUAUGGAAGUUUGCAGAAAUUGCUCAGCUGUCCUGUGUUGUCGUAUGGCACCACUACAGAAAGCAAAAGUCAUAAGACUGAUAAAAAUCUCACCUGAGAAACCGAUCACGUUGGCUGUUGGUGAUGGUGCAAAUGAUGUAAGCAUGAUCCAGGAAGCACAUGUUGGCAUAGGAAUCAUGGGGAAAGAAGGAAGACAAGCUGCACGAAACAGUGACUAUGCAAUAGCUAGAUUUAAAUUCCUCUCCAAACUGCUUUUUGUUCAUGGUCAUUUUUACUAUAUUAGAAUAGCAACCCUUGUACAGUAUUUUUUUUACAAGAAUGUGUGCUUUAUCACACCUCAAUUUUUAUAUCAGUUCUACUGCUUGUUUUCUCAGCAGACACUGUAUGACAGCGUGUACCUGACUUUGUACAAUAUUUGUUUCACUUCCUUGCCUAUUCUGAUAUACAGUCUUUUGGAACAACAUAUAGACCCUCACAUAUUACAGAGCAAGCCCACUCUCUAUCGAGACAUUAGUAAAAAUUGCCAUCUAAGCAUUAAAACAUUUCUUUAUUGGACCAUCCUGGGUUUCAGCCAUGCCUUCAUUUUCUUUUUUGGAUCAUAUUUUCUAUUAGGGGAAGACAUUUCUCUGCUUGCAAAUGGCCAGAUGUUUGGAAACUGGACAUUUGGCACUUUGGUCUUCACAGUCAUGGUUAUUACAGUCACAGUAAAGAUGGCUUUGGAAACUCACUUCUGGACCUGGAUCAAUCAUCUCGUAACCUGGGGGUCCAUUAUAUUUUAUUUUGUGUUUUCCUUGUUUUAUGGAGGGAUCCUCUGGCCAUUUUUGAGUUCCCAGAAUAUGUACUUUGUAUUUAUUCAGCUCCUGUCAAGUGGUUCUGUUUGGUUUGCCAUGAUUCUCAUGGUUGUUACAUGUCUAUUUCUUGAUAUUGUAAAGAAAGUAUUUGACCGACAGCUCCAUCCUACAAGUACUGAAAAGGCACAGCUUACUGAAGCAAAUUCAAGUAUCAAGUGCUUGGACUCCAUGUGCUGUUUCUCAGAAGGAGAAACAGCGUGUGCAUCUGUUAGAAGAAUGCUGGAGCGAGUAAUAGGAAGAUGUAGUCCGGCCCACAUCAGCAGGUGUGAGAUUUCUCUAAGUAGCCUUUGCUGCAGAUGAGUAUCCUAUAAACCGGAACAGGAUGAACCUGCACCUCUAGAUUCCUAAUAAAAGCCAGCAGCUGGUGUCACCAACGCAAGCAGGAAGUGCAUGUCUUCCGAGCACUCUGUGUUGGUAGAGUUCACUUUGUGGCUCUGGGGUGGAGGGUUAAAAGGAAGAGAAAGCACCUUUGAAGAGACUUUUCAACUAAUGAACAAAAUGUUUUGUUUUAGAAUCUUUCUACAGUGUGGUGAAUAGGAGU